GGACGUACGGCAAGUUCGAGGCUCGCGCCCGACUUCCUAAAGGCAAACAGUUGUGGCCCGCAAUAUGGAUGAUGCCGCAGAACAGUUACUAUGGUGUUUGGGCCGCGAGUGGUGAGAUUGACGUGAUGGAAAACCGUGGCACUCAGAACAAUAUACUACAGGGUAGUAUCCAUUACGGCGGGACGUGGCCUAACCACCAAUACAGCGGUAGCGGCGAAAAGGAUUUUGGUAAAGACUUUUCGGCCGACUUUCACACAUUCACUCUGGAGUGGGAGAAGAAUGAGAUGCGAUGGUACGUCGACGGCAACAUUUACCACACGGAAAAUAUCAAUAAAUCCAUGUGGUCGGGCAAAGGGGUCAACCCAUACACGGGCAAUGGCCAGCCCUUUGACCGGCCCUUCUUCUGGGUGCUCAACGUUGCCGUUUCG